UAUAGUUUCACUGGUACUUCAAGGUGAUCGCGUAGUUUACACAGUCGAGCGAAACGUUCGAAGUGAAAUGAUUAGAAAAUUCGUUAAGGAAAAACGCAACAUAUUACAAGAAGUUAUUUCGGCCAUCGAGAAGAAACUCGAAAGAAUACAUUCAUGAGUCGAUAUCGCGUUCCAGCUCGAAUAUGUUCGAUUCGAGCCAUCGAUCUGUAUCGACCAGGUACGUUUGUCAACGUACAAAUUCGUCUUGAUGAGCAGACAAAGUUUGUGAGCAAGUUUAUUUGGUAAUUUUUCUGCAAAGAUUCGGAACGCUGUAAGAUAUAAUUUCUCCAGUAUUACGUUAUAAUGAAUUUAUCUUUGCACGAUAAUAAUCUAUCUGGUGUGUUUACAGAGAGUGCAAUCGUGCACAUACGCGUUUUAUUGGCAAUGGAUUUGUUUCUUUCCAUUGUACGAUAUUCGUUCCAUUAAUAGAGUGAAACACAAAUACAGGCUUUCUCGAACAAUUGAAAUUUCAAGACCAGUGUGCAACAAUCUAGCAACCAGGUAAGAGUGCACAAUAUAUUCUCAGCUAAAGAUGGAUGUACAUAUUUCGAAGUUCAGAUGUGUAUGGCUGGCUAAAGGAAGAUGGAGCGCCAGUUCCUGCAGACGCUAUUGAACACGAGGACUCCAUAGCGUCGGCCUCUGAAACAGGCGAGGAAUACGAAGACGGUGACGACUCGGAUAUGUACAUGGAGCCAGACGGUACCGAGCCGGACGAAGGCGACAAGGUAGAAAGAAACCAAGAGGACGAAACUUACAAAAACACGACUGACGAAGUUCCAUCAGACGUGGCCGAGAUAAAAGACGAACUACCAAGCUCUACCACCGACAAGCCUACCUCGAAGGACCAGAAAGCGGAAAAUACCAAAGAAUCGAGUCAAACGGAUGCGCCUGACUCUGAAGACAAAAGCUUGGAAACCGAUAGUCAAAACUUCUUCCCUUCGUUUGCGGAGUUGUUUGCGAAUCACAGGGCUUCCUUCGCGGAGCAACAAAGGUACAGACCCAAUAGAUUCCUCGGAUACUUCCAACGCGAUCGCAGUGGCUAUCAAACAGCGACUGCAACGGCGAAAGACGUUCAUCAUCCGCUUCUAGGGUCGGGGAACUUUGGUGUGAUUCGAGGCGGCACUUACUACCCUGAAGAGAAAGAAAACGACGAAUACACGAUGGACGAUAGUCUGUACAAUCCUUACUACCACGGUGGAAAUCGUGGCCGUGCAAACUAUUUCAGCAAUCCGAAACCUCAGCCGAUUCGCGGCGGCGAUUUCUUCGCGAAUUUCCGAGACUUCGCCGAUAUCACGGCUCCGCCUAAGUCCAGUUUCUCACACUUAUCCGUGGUUUAUGCAAAUAAGAACGGCAGCACAGCAGGGCGUAUCACAGAGCCUAGGAAUAUUAUCGAGACCCUGAGGAUGUUGGAAGAGGAAGGGCAAACUAGUUCCGAGGUAACGACCACGACAGAAGCGCCGAGGAAGAAGCAGAGCAAAGGGAAAAGGAAGUUGAUGAAGAUGAAGCAAUACGAAGAGGACAAAGCCAGAAGAUCCCGUAUGACCGUCGAACCUUUGUUAGCGCUCAGUUGAACGUACGCCGGGAUCCAAAUUGUAUGGUAGUGUGGACGCGAACCCCGGGAUCUUUUCCCAAACGCGAAAUCUGGCCACGAGAUCAGAACCAAAGUCUGAAAAGUGUUGUCACAUCCUACUACGUAUCGGAGGAGUUUGUGCUGAAAAUGAAAGGAACAAUGAUCAAAGGGACGCUUGCCUCGCGUUUAUCUGAACGUUUACGAAGCAACUAUAUGAUCGUUUUGAAAUUUUUUCCAGGUAAAUUCCGAUACGUCCUGAGACUGGAUUUUAUAUUAAUAAGAACGUUCGUACAGAGAUCUUAUUCCUACGUAAGCGUGUUCCGUUUUCGUAUUUCUUGAUUAUCAGCAUUAACAUAAAUGCGUUCCACCUUGGCGUAUUGAAAAAUCUCCUUUGCAAUUGUAACGAUUGCGCGGAAACCGCGUGUUUCGAGCAAUUAUUUAAAUUGUUUAUGGGAGAUAAGCUGUUAUUUGUGUACCGUUCUCGAUUUGUAAUUCAACGUUUCAGACAUUCUGAGAAAACUAAAAGCGCCAAAAUACAGGUUACCGUCGAAUCGAACCACUAAUGAUACUGUAGAAACUUAGAGCUUACUGAAAUUAUAUGAAAAUUUCUUAAGUUAGCAUCGAUAUACUGUCAAGUGAACAUCGAAGUGUUUUCUAUUCGUGUUCUGCAAUGACGGAUUAAUCGUUGGACGAAGAAAACAAUUUAAAAGGAAUAAAAUAUUUCAUCUUUAUCUGUAAAUCCAAAUUCAAGAAACUAGCCUAUUCGUCUGUGGAGAUCACAUUGAAUCAUAAAUAACGUUCUCUCAGUAUAUCUUCAGUGAUAUUUCCAACAAAGCAACACUUUUUAUACACUUGCAUCGUACAUAACAUUUUUCCAUUAAUUUAAGAAUUAAGAAGAUCCUCAUUUAAGAAAUAUCAACGAAUUCAAAUUGUCAGUGUCUCCUAAUUUUUAUUAUCUCGCUAUUAAUAUCCUACGUAUGGUCAGGCAUUAUAAGAUAAUUCUCUUCUCAAUAGAUACGGUUCCUUCAUCAACCAUUUUCGAAGCUUUUCCUAGCAACGUACUAUAGCACGUACGUUGUCAUUUCAAUGAAAUAAUUCGGUAUAAUAUAUCUCGUUCAUAUCCACCAUGAGAAUAUCUCGUUUAAGAUUCGCAUAGAAACGCAUUGAAACGUGCGACGGUUCAAAAUUGCUUUCAUCGUCGAUCGAUUAAUCCCCUAACUUUUGUAUGCGCGUAUAAGUAGUCAUCUCAAGUUGGCGAGUUGCGAUUGUGUCAAACUCGUUUAUCGGCAAUUCACGGACACAUUUUAAAUUGAUUGAAUGCACUUGCGCGUGCAGUUUCGUUAUGCUCGAGUAAACCUCGAUCCGGUACGAGUAACUCGUACACACUAACGAUAAUUUCCGUUCAUACGCUGUGCACAGUUGACGCACGCGAUCACGUGCGAAUACACCGAGUGUGAAAAUAGAAAAUUCUACGCCACGCGCGUUAUCAUCGAGCGCAAGAACGGAAUCACGCGGAGAAAAAAGAAAAAUUGUUGCAAGAGCGUUGAUUUGCGUGCAUCGCGGCCUUUUGUAAAUAAAUUCCAUCGCUCUCUGCUUCGUGUUUUCUUUAGUGUUUUAGCUAAAGCAGAACCGGACUAACACUCGCGCCUUCAUUCCAUGAAUAUGUAUUUGUUCGUUCGGAUCUCGUUUCUGCGUCUAGCUAUGUAGUUUCUAAACGAGUAAGAUCGAUCGUGGAUAAGUAUCUCUCCUCUUCUUUUCUUUACACGCAGACUGUGUCUCGCUGCAUUUAUUAAAUUCACAAAGACUGUUCACCUAUUAAUUAUUAUCGGCUUAACGUAGAAUUGUUCAUUCCUUUUUCAUAAAUUAAACUAAUAUUUCUCUCAUGAAAGCAUCUAGUUUUGUUUAGAUCUACAUGUAAGCGACUUUUCUUCACAGCACCCUUUGAUAUGUCUUUUCUAAUUCGAUUGAAGAUCAUGCAUUUCAAUCGUUAGAUCGGUGGUUUGUUUAACAAAAAUUUGCUCUGAUUCUCGGGAAAAAUCACGGCGAAGAUUCAUCCUGUGCUUCAUAAUAGGAAAGAAUUAUGAAGAGGACAGCCUACAAGUGAAUUAUUCGCCGUAGAUUUCGGCGCAUUGUUAUAACAGUUGUUGUUGAUUAUUUUAAGUAUAUGAAGUAGGUAUAAUAAUUAAAUCGAAUACUCUGUCUCAUGCUGUUUUUAAUAUGGUGCAAAGGGACACGAUGAGAUAUCGAAAUAAAGUAUAUUUUUCAUAACUUA